GAUCUAUUGCCAGAUGGAAACAAGGAGCUCAGUAGGUGAUUGAAGGUGCUAAUAGGCUCUUCUUGAGCGUGACUUCUUGUCUUCUGUGUCAUGGGAAUAGUGGAUGACCCAAGAACAGUGAUAAUGACCCUGGAUGCUCAAUUUAGUGAUCAAGCCACAGAAGUGGAUUCUGCUCUGUCUGGAGACCACCAAUCAAAUGUCCAACCUAGGACUAGAACUUCAAAUGCCAGUUUUGAUGAAGAUGGAAAGAAAAAUCUGAGAGUUUCAAGUUUUAGGAGUACCAAGAGUGAUGAAGGAACUGAUACCGAUGAAUUUGAACAGCUGAAUGGUAGUAAUGGGGACCACAGCAGUACUGGUUCCUUGCAUGAAGAACUGCAGAGAGCUAAGCAUGAAGUCCUCAUUCGAGAGGAGGAAUUGAACAACCUUCGUAGUAUUAGAAACAAGAUGGAGGAUGAAGUUCGGGACCUUACUGCAUCACUAUUUGAAGAAGCCAAUAAGAAGGUGUGUGCAGCCUUGCAGAAGAGUGCAGGUUCAGAGAAAGCCUUGAAGGAAGCUAAUAUGAAAGUGGAAGGAUUGCAAGCUGAAGUCCAAGCUCUCAAGGCACUAGUCCUCACAUCGACCCCCAGCAACCCAAACCUGUCGUGUCAAGCUCACUCACCUUGCGUAAUUGAACAGCAAGCCAAAGGAUUUUUAAAGCGACACAAGCGCAGUCCAUCACAUCCCAUCCAGACCAUAAGCUGUGCUCAUCUGAAUGGAAUUGACCCUAAUAGUUCUCAGUCAAAUCAUGGGGAAGUUUUGGAGGUUGAUCCAAAACUGGAAGAAGAAUUCCUCUUAUGGCGAGAAUCUCCUGUUGUAGAAUGGGAAUCCCCCCAUCCCUUUUUCAGGCGUAUUUUGCAGGAGGAUAUUCUUCCAUGCCUCACUUUCUCUAAUGAAGAGCUUUCUUUGAAGAUCCAAGAAGCUAUGAAGUCUCAUUCCAUCUCAAUUGAGUCCGUCUCAGCAGCUUCAAGGCAAUUCCCCAAGAAUUGUGCACUGCUGAAAUGCCCAAGAAUCUGCACCCACAUCAUGCAAUUGGGGGAUGGCGAUGAAGAAGGCAUCCCUAUAUCUCAGCUGUGCCGUAAUCGUAUUACUGGAGUAUGUGACCUCUUGGUAUACUUGAGGUACAUAGAACGAGGCCUAGUCAAAGCAAAUGAGAAAGAGGUUUACGAGGAGAUAAUGCGAUUGCGCCUGGAAGUGGCUGCUGCAAAACUGGGAUUUCAUAAUCACAGGAACAAGUGAUUUCUUGCUCUCAGCUAUUUUUUUUGCAAGACCAGAACUGGCAUUGCCAAGGAAAACGCCAUAUGUGCUACAAAGCAGUUCAAAUGUUGUUUGGUUUAAGUGAUUGUCAAUGAACUUUUGGUUGGAGUGAGCAGGUUAUACUGGAGCUGAAGUGAAGCUAGGUCAGUAAAGGGAGAGGUUUGUGAUCAAAACUAUUAAUGAAGAAUCUCUGCAAAGCCAGGAAUAUGUUCUUGGCCAAACACUUGGGAUGGAAAUCUAAUUGGAAGCAUGCUUCACUUCUUGAAUCAAGUGUUGCUUUAACCAUGGCAUGGAAAAAGAAAGAAGAGUGACAAGGAAAUGGAGGAUAGUUUAUCAUGUAAUGUGUUAUUGCAACAUUGGCGAGUAGGCUUAUUAAUGAUUAUAAAGGAAAAUCUGGUACCCAUUGUGGAAGCAGGUCUUGUGAGGUAAACAUGAUUAUUCCUAGGUCACAAGUUAUAACUUAUUUGUGUAAAAAUUCAGUUUCAUUUCAAACCUCAUGGGAUUGAAUUGAAUCCAAAAAUAUGACCAAUAAUAGAACUUGCACUAUUUCAUGGAUGGUUUAUGUCUUCCCAAAAUGUUUAAAGGUGUGUUCAGAUCUUUAGAUGAUUCAGUUGGAAAACAGGUUCAUGGGUUAUAGUAGCCUGCUUUUAUGACCUGUAGAUGUUUGCAACCAACAACUGCUUUGGAAUGGCAUGCAGUUUUUAUCCAUGCAGAGCACCAACUGACCUACAUUUGGAAUGCAUUAAGCUAGAGAGGAGGCUUCACUACAUGUUGCUCUCCAGUUAUUUCACUGCACACAAGUAAUAAUGGUUUCAUUCACCAGAUAAGGAGCAAUGAGCUGGAAUAAGAAAGAUUAAUUAAACAUUCAUAGCAAGAGAAACACCAAUACAUUAAGGAUUUAAGAGCAGAUACUGUGCAUGUAGUUGAAGAAACGGGAAUAUUCAGUGAAGUCAAACUUUAAAAAAAAUUCAGUUUCAUGUUUUUGUCAGCACUGCUUGUUAUGCUUUGUUCGACUCAGUCUUAUUACACUAAACCUUCAUUGAUUACAUCAUUCUGAUUGGUACUUGAGAUUAGUGAUUUGGGUCUAUUGGGCUUGGUUCACAAAUCCUUUGAAGACUUUCAUGCUGCUUCUUUUAUGUAAUGGCAAUUGUAAAGUUUACUGUUUUUUAUGCAUGAUUUUUUUUUACUUCUAAGGUUCAUUCUUGGUCUAUGAUGACCCUUUGGAAAGUGGUGCAUGAGAAUAACUUAAGUCAAAAUCAUUUCAGAUGCCUCUCCUCUGAGUUGCUUUGUGUGUUGUGAGAGCAAAUAUGGUAAGUCAUUGCAGUUUGUCAGUGGCUCUCAUAUUUUCUUUUUACCAUCAUCAUUAUAUUAUUAUUUGUCCAUCAUCAAGGAAGGUAUACUUAUUUGGGACCAGAAUCAACUCAGAUUGAUAUUCCUGCUUCACAGCAUGCAAUGUUCAGAGAUCUGAGCUGAAACUCUAUGACCUUUAUGCUGCAAGGGAAUCUUUAUGAGAACUGUAUUAAUAGACCUCUCUGUGCCAAAUGAGUCAUGUAAGUCUUCCAGAUUUGAUAUGACCCCUCAUAAAUUCUUUCAGUGCUGGCACUGUGAUUCUACCUGGUGAAAUCUUUUUUCUCUUAGAUUGAUCUUUUUUAAGAGAAAAAAUAAAAAACAAAGACACCUAAUUUUAAAAGAGUGAAAUAAAU